AUGCCUCCUCCAGAAUGGGAUACGAAAGAUAUUGCAAAUUCACAUGCUGUCCGUGCGGUCCCUUUCUGGGAUGGAGGCCCCGUGACCCUACCUGCGCUGCGACGUUGCAAGAAACGGCGGCUGAACGAUGUGAGUGGCCUUUGUGCUGACGGUUUCUUUUCAGACUAUCUUAUUAAACGUUUGGAGGUUACAGCACAUUUGCGUAGCCGUUCGUCCGGAGUUUUGCCGGUUUGGUUGCCAACCUUGGUGCUCGUUGCUCAAGAAUUCGAAACGGUCGUUACAACCACAACGCAACGAGGAUCACAAACGGACCAAUAG